GACCCCUUGCUGUGUCUUUGUUCGAUCCCAUUUGGUGUGUUUCGGUGCAAUAUGUGGAAUAAUUGAAAAGCAGCAAGGUUGCAGAGGAGAGCAUGAUUGAGAUACACCUUGCUCCUUGAGCGUGGCUCCUGCUCAACACUCUUGAGUAACACUUGAGAAAUAUUUACAUCUUGUUUAAUGCAUAUGUGAGUAAAAACAAAAAAUCAAACAACGCACACUGUUGAAAAAUGGAGAGUACAAUACAAAUGCAUGGUACAGCAGCUGAGGCUUUUCAAUAUCCGGAUAUGUCCUUCAUAUUUGAUUGGAUUUACAGUGGUUUCAGUAGUGUACUGCAGUUUCUUGGACUGUACAAGAAGUCAGGCAAAUUAGUAUUUCUUGGAUUGGACAAUGCUGGUAAAACAACGUUAUUGCAUAUGCUUAAAGAUGACAGAUUGGGUCAGCAUGUGCCAACUUUACAUCCAACCUCUGAAGAGCUGACGAUUGCUGGCAUGACGUUCACCACCUUUGAUCUGGGUGGCCACGCUCAAGCUCGUAGAGUUUGGAAAAACUACCUCCCUGCCAUUAACGGUAUUGUCUUCCUAGUGGACUGCGCAGACUUACCCAGACUGGCUGAGUCCAAAACAGAACUUGACGCACUUGUAACAGAUGAGACUGUUGGAAACGUGCCUAUCCUGGUCCUUGGGAACAAGAUUGACAGACCCGAAGCCAUCAGCGAAGAGAAGCUACGAGAGCUGUUUGGAUUAUACGGACAGACAACGGGCAAGGGCAAUGUCCCCCUGAAGGAGCUCAAUACAAGACCACUAGAAGUGUUCAUGUGCAGUGUGCUGAAGAGACAGGGCUAUGGCGAGGGCUUCCGCUGGCUGGCACAAUACAUUGACUGAAUCCACGGCACAGGAGUUCUCACUAUGUUUGAUCCUCUGUCUGCUUAGAAAGUCAAAACAUGUACAGCUUGAACCCAAUAUGACUUUUAUUGGUUGAACAUUUGAUUAUACAUUUCACAUUUUCCUAGGAGAAUAAUCUGGCUGAUCAUUUUUUCCCAGUAGUGUGUGUGUGUGUGUGUGUGUGUGUGUGUGUGUAUGAAUGUUGCAACAUGUUAACUGUAACCCCACUUUGUUGGCUUUGUUUCCCAGCCCCGUUUUUGAAAAGUGGGAGUGAUGUAGUGCUAUGCAUUUGAAUGCACUUUUUAACAGGACAGACUACAAACAUGUGACCUAGUAUUUAAUAAGCAUCAUGUACAAUUUUUAUGUUAUAUUUUUUUGGAAAUGUUUGGUUCAAUAAACCUAGAAUAUGUAACCA